CAUCAGGUUCAUAUAUGUACAUGUUUUGACACAUAGGAACUCCAAAAAACAUAACAACAUGGCAUUAUUCAACCAACAAUAUGCAACAUGUUUUUUGUUAUCACUUUGCAUUCUAAGCCAAUGCUUAACAGAGGGUGUUAUUGGCUUUGCUUGCAACUGGGGAACGCGUUCAACGCAUCCCUUAACACCUCAAAUAGUAGUGAGGCUGAUGAAGGACAAUGGAUUCAACAAAGUGAAGCUCUUUGAGGCUGAUCCCGGAGCACUCAAGGCACUUGGAAGAUCUGGUAUUCAGGUCAUGGUCGGUAUCCCAAAUGAUAUGUUGGAUUCACUUGCAAGCAAUGUCAAUGCAGCUAUUGCUUGGGUGACACAAAAUGUUUCCACUUACAUAUCCAAGAAUGGGGUUGAUAUAAGGUACGUUGCCGUGGGUAACGAAGCUUUCCUCAAAACAUAUAACGGCCGGUUUGUGAAUGCUACAUUUCCCGCCAUCCAAAAUAUUCAAGCUGCCCUGAUUAAAGCUGGUCUAGGGAGGCAAGUGAAAGUGACUACUCCUCUAAAUGCAGAUGUGUACCAAAGUGACAGUGGCCUUCCAUCAGGUGGAAACUUUAGGCCAGACAUUCAAGAUCAAAUGAUCAACAUAAUAAAGUUCCUACGGCAAAAUGGUGGCCCUUUAACAUUCAACAUCUACCCAUUCUUAAGUAUGGAUGCUGACCCAAACUUUCCAAAAGAAUUUGCAUUCUUUGAUGGCUCUGCUUCCCCUGUGGUAGAUGGGUCAAUAACAUACACCAACGUGUUUGAUGCAAAUUUUGACACACUAGUUUCAGCUCUCGAAAAGAAUGGCUUCAGCUCCAUGCCAAUCAUAGUAGGAGAGGUUGGAUGGCCAACGGAUGGAAGCGCUAACGCAAACAUAAAGAAUGCUCAGAGGUUCAAUCAGGGACUAUUUGACCGGAUAGUGAAAAAACAAGGAACUCCAAAGCGCACCACUGCUCCAGAUAUCUACGUGUUCGGCCUCAUAGACGAAGAUGCAAAGAGCAUUGAGCCAGGACCUUUUGAGCGGCAUUGGGGUGUGUUUAACUUUGACGGAUCAAUAAAGUACCCUUUGAAUCUUGGUGGUGGAAAAUCACUAGUUGCUGCAAAGGGGGUGAAGUAUUUACCAAAACAAUGGUGUGUAAUGUCAAAUCAAGCAAAUCCAACGGAUCCUAGUUUUGCUGACAGCAUCAGCAAAGCUUGCACUUAUGCGGAUUGCACUAGUCUUUCUCCUGGUGCAUCCUGUGGCAAUUUGGACCCUAAGGGUAAUGCUUCUUAUGCAUUUAAUAUGUAUUAUCAAACCAUGGAUCAACGCAAAGAUGCGUGCAAUUUCAAUGGACUUUCUGCAAUUACUACCAUAAAUCCUUCACCACCUCAAGGUUCUUGCAAAUUCGAGAUCAUGAUUGAUCUUGGAAAGCAUGAGAAUAAGUCAACUACUUCUUUUGCUGCAUCAAUGAAGGGAACAUGUUCAAUGGUCAUGCUGGUAUUAAGCUUUAUGUUCACGAUGUUAGUGUCCAUUAUCAGCGCUUAGUUUUUACUAAUUAUUAUGUGUG